AUGACCCCUUUCCGUAUCCAAGAUAUACCGACACAUGGUUCAACAGUUAUAUCUAUCUAUCAUAAAUAUUAUCAUCUGUCUGUUCUCUAUUCUACAUCUAUCUAUCUAUCUAUCUAUCUAUCUAUCUAUCUAUCUAUCUAUCAUUUUAUCAUCUGUCUAUUUUCUGUUCUACAUCUAUCUAUCUAUCUAUCUAUCUAUCUAUCUAUCUAUCUAUCUAUUUUCUGUUAUCUAUCUAUCUAUCUAUCUAUCAUUUUAUCAUCUGUCUAUUUUCUGUUCUACAUCUAUCUAUCUAUCUAUCAUUUUAUAAUCUAUUUUCCGUUCUACAUCUAUCUAUCUAUCUAUUUUCUGUUAUCUAUCUAUCUAUCUAUCUAUCUAUCUAUCAUUUUAUCAUCUGUCUAUUUUCUGUUCUACAUCUAUCUAUCUAUCUAUCAUUUUAUCAUCUAUUUUCCGUUCUACAUCUAUCUAUCUAUCUAUCUAUCUAUCUAUCUAUCUAUCUAUCAUUUUAUCAUCUGUCUAUUUUCUGUUCUACAUCUAUCUAUCUAUCAUUUUAUCAUCUAUUUUCCGUUCUACAUCUAUCUAUCUAUCUAUCUAUUUUCUGUUAUCUAUCUAUCUAUCUAUCUAUCUAUCUAUCUAUCUAUCUAUCUAUCUUCUGUCUAUUUUCUGUUCUACAUCUAUCUAUCUAUCUAUCUAUCUAUCUAUCUAUCUAUCUAUCUGUCUAUUUUCUGUUCUACAUCUAUCUAUCUAUCAUUUUAUCAUCUAUUUUCCGUUCUACAUCUAUCUAUCUAUCUAUCUAUCUAUCUAUCUAUCUAUCUAUCUAUCUAUCUAUCUAUUUUCUGUUCUACAUCUAUCUAUCUAUCUAUCUAUCUAUCUAUCUAUCUAUCUAUCUAUCUAUCUAUCUAUCUAUCUCAAUAUAAGAUUUAUUUUCUUUUCAGCCAUGGAACUCGAUGUGCCGGAGAAGUCGCCGCUAAGAGGGACAAUGCCAAAUGCGGCGUGGGCGUAGCAUACGGCUCGAAAGUGGCAGGCUUGCGCAUGCUUGAUCAACCAUACAUGACUGACAUGAUAGAAGCAAAUGCCAUGGGAUACAAACCAAACGACAUUGAUAUCUACAGUGCCAGUUGGGGACCAACCGAUGAUGGAAUGACUGUUGACGGGCCAAGAAAUUUGACAAUGAGGGCUAUUGUCGAAGGUGUUAAUAAGGGUCGUAACGGCAAAGGAAGUAUCUAUGUAUGGGCCUCUGGAGAUGGGGGUCCUAAUGAUGACUGCAACUGUGAUGGAUAUGCUGCUAGCAUGUGGACCAUUUCAAUCAAUUCUGCAACUAACGAUGGACAGACAGCAGCCUACGACGAAUCAUGUUCCUCUACUCUAGCCUCAACUUUUAGCAACGGCAAGGGAAUGACACUUGAUGCUGGCGUGACCACCACGGACCUUUACGACAAAUGUACCACAACUCAUUCUGGAACAUCCGCCGCUGCACCAGAAGCCGCAGGCGUGUUUGCACUGGCUCUUGAGGCAAACAAUGAUCUGACUUGGCGUGAUAUGCAGCAUUUGACUGUCUUGUCUUCCAAAAGACGACAGUUAUUUGACCUUACUGCUCACCACCACUGGACAACUAAUGGCGCCGGUCUACAGUUUAAUCACCUGUUCGGAUAUGGUGUGUUGGAUGCUAGCGACAUGGUUGAUCUUGCUAAGCCCUGGAAACCGUUGCCGGAAAGACUACAUUGUGACGCUGGAAACGUGACCGGAAAUUGGGAAUUCCGAACUGGAGAACACUUGCAAUUGACAAUCGAUACUGACGCCUGCAAAGGUACAUCAAGUGAGAUCAAUUACCUGGAACAUGUACAAGCAGUGAUCACUUUGAAAUCAUCCUACCGUGGUCACGUGGAAAUGUUUUUGACUUCCCCGAUGAACACCACCUCCAUGAUCCUUAGCCGCCGCCCUAGGGACAGCGACAACAGAAACGGAUUUAAACGAUGGCCCUUUAUGACUACUCACACAUGGGCAGAAAAUCCGCACGGUCGCUGGACGCUGACGGUUCGUCUCAAUUCUGGCUGGUCAAGCCGCAUGGACAUGGGCGUGUUCAGCGAGUGGACCCUGAUGCUGCACGGGACCAAAACCUCACCUUACGUCCACCAAGAUAUCUAUGGGAACAAAAAACUGGAUACUCUCAUACUAUUAAUUAGUUGUAAAACGGUGACAAAAUUAUCUAUCUAUCUAUCUAUCUAUCUAUCUAUCUAUCUAUCUAUCUAUCUAUCUAUCAUUCUGUUCAUUAUCUAUCUAUCUAUCUAUCUAUCUAUCUAUCUAUCUAUGAACUAUUUUGCCAUCUAUCUAUCUAUCUAUCUAUCUAUCUAUCUAUCUAUCUAUCUAUCUAUCUAUCUAUCUAUUUCAGUCUGUUCCCCUCUCUCUCUUUCUCUCUCACUCUCUCUCUCUCUUUUUAUCUCCUCUUCUUUAUCUAUCCAUCCAUUUAUCUAUCAGAAGAAGGAUAAGAAGAUUUUAAAAUGGUUGAUUAAUAUUACAAUUACAAUUAACAUCUAUCUAUCUAUCUAUCUAUCUAUCUAUCUAUCUAUCUAUCUCAGUCUAUUCAUAUCUAUCUAUCUAUCUUGUAUAUUUAGGCGGCAUGACUCCAUUUAA